AUGUCGGGAGUGUGGGUGUUUGACAAGAAAGGCGUGGCCAGACUCAUCUCCAACCCAACCAGAGAAUCCUUCGAGCUGAAAGAGCCGCCACAUGCCGGAGCCGGCACGGCCACUGCCCCCGGUGCUCGUCCCAGAGUGCUGGUCUAUCUCCCAACCAACGACGUCAUACGCUCAUUCUCUGAACUGGAGCAACGUCUCCUGGAACUGGGCUGGACUCGCUACCAUAACAGCAAGAAUCGCAGCCCACACCUAGUUCAGUUCCACCGCUCUCACUCCUCCCCCCACCUCAUCUCCCUCCCUUCCAACUUCCGCAACUUGAAGCACUUCCACUUGUACGACAUCGUCGUUAAGAACCCUUGCUUCUUCCAAGUUCGCGAUCCCUCCGCGUAA